GAACAUAUUAAAUAUUAGUUUAAAAAAUAAUCAUGAUAAUAUAUUAGUUCAAAACAAUUGUAAAUUACUUAGAGAUUAGGAAAUUUAGAACUUUUUAAUGAUAAGGAACAAGGAUUAAGAUUGCAAAAUUAUAGAAAAUUUGUUAAGUCAAAUGUGAGGUAGAUCUUAUCUGCUUUCACUUACAAUACCUCGUUAACAUCAUUUUACGAAUGAAAUACUAGCCAAAAGACAUCAUUAGUAUAUCUCAUAUUGUAAAUCGUCGUAGAAAUAACAAUUAUGAAGAAAAAAAUGUCAACUUUAUGUACAAGAUAUAAAUUAAAAAAAAAAUAAGAACAAAUUAUUCAUUUGUAUUUGCUAUUAGAAUAAUUUACUCAAAUAAAACAAAAGUAUCUAGAAAACAAAUGACGAUUUAUAUCUUCAACUAUUUUGGAUAAAACACAGUCACUCUUUUAUUUUACUUUUAAUGUAUAUUGAAUGAGAAAUACUAAAUAUUAUGGUGGAAUCUCAAGUAAUUAUUGUUGAAACUUCAAUCAAUAUACUUUUAAAGAUUCUUCACAAAAAUGUAAGUACUUCUGAGCGAAAUAUAUAUUAAGAUAUAAGAAUAUACAAAAUUAAAGAAAAAUAGUACAACAUUACUUAUAUUGUAGUAACAGACAGUUUAGCAUAAUUUCAUUGAAAUAAUAAGUUUACAUGAAAUUUAUUUAUGAAAUAAAUUACAAUAAAUAGAUAUAUUUACUAUAGGUAACAAUUCUCAAAAACGAGGCUGAUUAUGGAAUGCGAUUAGAAUACGAAUUAGAGACUAAACUUGAAUGGUUUAAUAAAAUAAGAAGCAAUUUCACCGAUAAGCUCAAUUCGUUGUGGAGCUUGGCAGAAAUACAUUGCUCAGUUAAUAAUGAGAUUAAAAAAUUUGCAAAUAAUAUUUUUCAUUUGUGGACAAUCAUGACUCAACAGGUAAUUUCAUCCAUAUUACAUUACUUUCUUAUUUACAAACAAUAUUCUAAAAUCCAAGUCAUAAGCCAUACUCUGCCGAAUAUUGCACUAUCUUCUCUUCUUGGCAUAAUUAAAAAAGAAAUCGUUAUAGUAAAGACUAAACUACAGACUAACGAAGUGAAAUAUAAUUCGAAUGAUGUAUUAAUAGGAUAUAAAUUGCUUAAUGAAGCAAUAGUAUUAUUAAACAAUCUUGAAAAAUAUGAAAAUAAGAUGCAACAAUACUUAAUUAUGUCAAAAAUGGUCCCAUACAUUCUGAAAUUAGAAUCAACAAUUGACAAAUUUGUAUCAAGCACUGCAUUAUUACCAAAAAGUCCAUUAAUUUCCUCAGAUCUUAAUGCUUUUUCAUUCGUAUCUAAACUAUUGACUGGUGAACUUAUGGGUAAUGAAACUAUAAACCCACAUUAUGUAUUAGCAGAAAAUAUAACAAAAAAGCCAGUCUUUAUAAUAAAAAGUAAUAAACGAAAAGUCGAUGUACCAGUUCUACCUACAAUUAAAUUGUUUAAAAGUGUUACAUAAUUUUUGCAAUCUUAAAUAUUAUUGUAUUAGUUAUUAAAACUUGAAUAGCGAAUUUUUCAAACAUAAAACAUAUUAACAAUAAUAUCGCUCAUUAUAUUAGA